GUGUCAGCCGUUCAGUGUUGCCUGGCGUGGUUUUCCUUCACUCGGGCUCCCUGCAUGGACAGGAGAACACAACUGUGUGUGGAAAGAACAGCCAGUUCCUCUGAGCGUCUUCAUCAUGGCCCCAGCGUGCUCCAAGUCAUUUUACUACGAUGAGCUGAUCGGUGGGUGUGAACCCUGUAAACUGCGGUGCAACAAUCUGCAAACACGACCCAGCGUGUGUCAGGAAGACAUCUGCCUCGAAAUUCCAGAAUCUUCCAUGUCAAUUUGGAAUAAUGAGAUGAUUAGAAACUCCUGGGUUUUUAUUGGAUUGCUUCCACUGUUAAUUACAGUAUUGUUUGUCUUCGCAUUUGUCCUUCGAAAAUUACGCCAAAGGAAAUCAAGUACAUUGUUUAAAUCAACAGAGGUUACAUUUGAUAGCAAUGCCAUUGCUUCAGGUUUCAAGGAACACACAUUGGCUAAAGAUGCACCAAGAUUCUCUCCUGAGAGGAAUCAACAAUCUGAACAGUGUGGGGAAGGUGAAGUUACCAAUUGCACAUCUCAAGGAAAUGAAAAGAAGAUGUUGGUAGCAGGUACUCAGGAAAACUGUGACUGUGAUGCUUCACUUCCUUUACCAGCCACUGAAGAAGGAGCGACAAUUCUUGUCACAACCAAAACUGUGGAAUGGUGUGGUUAGCAAAAGGUACAGCAAAAAGAUCUGAUUUUCUAAACUGCACAUAAACUGAUUAGGCCUCUGCAAACUUGUUGCUGAAAGAGACCUCAGCGAAUCUGAAUCCACACUUGAAGUAACAAGUGAUAGGAAAUAAUCUAAAAAGUAAAAUGAUCAUUUGGUAUGAACUUGUUGACAAAUAUAGUUGAUUUAAAUUAAAAUACAUAUAUUUGAUGUUUUACAAACUGUAAUUCCUACAUUCCUACAGUAGACUCACAAAGCAUAUGUACUCGAUUUUUCCAGUACAGCAAUAUUUCUUCACAAUGAAAGUACACAGUGCCUAACAGAUGCUUUUGUUAUGAUCCCAGCUGAUAGUUAUUCUGAACAAAUCAGAUCCCAGAGAGAAGCCUGGCUUGAUAGAUUAAAGGUUUUAUUCUUGUCGUUUUGUUACCUACAUUUCUAGCAUUGACAGCAACUUUAAAAGGUUUCAAGAAAUUUAGUGUGGCUAAAACUGGUGUGGUGGCUAUCAUGGCUUUUAAAUUCUUAGAUGCCUCCUGGCAUUGUUCUGUCCACUGAAAUUUCAUGUUCCUCUUUAUAAAAUCUAUCAGAGGAGCCACCAUGCCACUAAGGUAUGGUACAAACUUCCAGUAGAGUCUGCUCAAUCCCAGAAAUCAAAGCACCUCUUCCUUCAAGGAUGGGCUUUGAAAUUCCUUGAUGGUGUUCGUCUUCACAUUCCUCAGGGUCAUCUUUCUAUGUCUGAUGUUGUGUGCAAAGGACAUCACUUCUGUCCUCACAAAUUCAGUUUUUACUAAAUUUAUAACCAGUUUUACCGCCCGUUGUCUUUCAAAGUGAUCUGCCAAAUGCACCUGUAAUUUUUCCAUGAAUGGCUAAAGAUCACUAAGUCAUCUAUAUAGACGACACAAUUAGUCAAUCCUGCCACAACUCUGUUCAUAAGUCUUUGAAAUGCGGCUGGUGCAUUCUUCAUUCCAGAGGGCAUUACUUUAAAUUGAUCCAGCCCUUUGGGGUGAUAAAUGCUAAAAAUUCUUUUGCUGUCUCUGACAAAGGUACUUGCCAGUAACCAUGAAUAAGUCCAACUUUGUGAUGUAAGUGGCUUGUCCAGCUUUUUCCACACAGUCCUUCAGCCUUGGAAUUGGGUAUAAGUCUGAUUUAGUUAUGGCAUUGACCUUCCAAUAACCCAUGCAGAAACAUUGAGUACUAUCAGGUUUGGGAACCAACACAACCAGUGAACUCCACACUCUUUGACUUGGCUCAAUGAUGUCUUCUUGGAGCAUCUCUUCCACUUCCUCCUUUAUCUAUGUGACUUUGAGAGGAUUAAGCCGAAAGGGGUGUUGUUUUAAAGGAUCAUAUUCCCUACUUCAACCUCAUGUAUUAUAAUAUUAAUUCUCCCCAUUCUAUACCUAUAUAUGUACUAAUUUUGCUGCAACAAACCUUUCAAUUCAGUUCUCUGUUCCUGAGACAGUUAGCUCACUGUUCCAUCCCAUUCUCCAAGGACAUCCUUGUUAUUUAACUUAUUUUGAGGCACGUCAAAAUCUAAAUCAUCUGGAUUUGAUUCCUCACUUUGAGGGGCAGUAACUAAUACCUGUUUCUUCAGCUCCCUGUCCCUGUCAUAGUAAGGUUUCAGUACAUUCACAUGACAGAUCUGAUAAAGUUUUUUCUGAUCUGGCAUCUUUACAAGAUAAUUCAUCUAAUUCAACUUCUUCUCAAUCUGAUAAGGACCACUAAACCUUGCUUUGAAGGGAUCUCCUACCACUGGUAAUGGCACUAAUACUUUAUUCCACUUUAACCUUACUAUGACUGGGACAGGACAAAUGUAGGAAUUUUAGAUUCCUUAUCAGUUUCUUGCUUCAUUAGGUGCUGUGCCACCUUCAGGUGUUGUCGAGCCAAUUUACCUACUCUGUUUAAUCUUUCUCUCACCUCAGAGACAUAUCCAACUGUGAAAUCUCUGACUUUGGACCAAUCAACAUUUCCUUAAUUAAUUUUAAAUGCCCUCCUACUUUGAGUCCGACUAUCAACUUAAAUGGAGUAAACUGAGUCGGUUCAUUUGGGGCAUCUGUAAUGGCAGACAAUAUAAAUUGGAUACCUUUAUCCCAAUCAUUUGGAAAAUCCUGGUAAGAAACCAUCAGCAUGGAUUUUAGGGUCUGAUGCCACCUUUCCAAUGCUCUCUGGGAUUCAGGGUGGUACACACUUGAUUUAAAGUGUUGGAUGCCUAAGCUGUCCAUGACCUCCUUAAAUAGUUUGGCAGUAAAACUGGACCCUUGGUCUGACUGAAUCUCCCUGAGUAGGCCAUAACAGGUAAAGAAAGCAAGCAACUCCUCCACAACCAUUUUUGCCCUUAACGUUCCGGAAUGGAAUUGCCUCUGGAAAUCUGGUAGACACAUCCAUUACAGUUAGCAAAUACUGGUUUCCACUUUUGGUUUUAGGGAGGGGACCGACACAAUUAAUCAUGAACAAUGUGAAAGGUUCUUCAAAUGCAGGAAUUGGUGUCAAAGGUGUGGGUUUUAUUACCGCCUGUGGCUUUCCUACCAUUUGACACAUAUGACAGAUAUGGCAAAAUUCAUGCUUUUGUAUCUUAACCUGAGUCUUCCUCACUCCUACAGGUAAUUCAUGUGCUACCCACAAUACUUCCUGACUGUAUGCUACUGGUAACACAAUGUGGUGAACCCCUGACCAUUUCUCCUCUGUACAAACCUGCUGCGG